AUGCCCACCGCCCCCACGAGCCUGAACUUCAUCACCGGCAACGCCAACAAACUCGCCGAGGUGCGCGAUAUCCUUGCCGACGUUGACGGCUUAGUUCUGCAAAGCCGCAACGUCCACGGCACCGAGAUUCAGGGCUCCAUUGAGGAGGUUGCGCGCGAUAAGUGCUCCAGGGCAGCUGAGGUGGUCAAUGGGCCGGUGUUAACGGAGGAUACUGCGUUGGAAUUCCAGUCGUUGAAAGGGUUGCCGGGGCCAUAUAUAAAACACUUCCUCGAAGCCCUUGGCCACGAAGGUCUCAACAACAUGCUUGCCGCAUACGAAGAUAAAACCGCCUUCGCGGUCUGCACGUUCGCAUACAGUGCCGGACCUGGCCACGAGCCGAUCUUAUUCCAAGGGCGUACACAGGGGAAGAUCGUGCCGGCGAGGGGGCCUGCAGUAUUUGGUUGGGAUGCGGUUUUCGAACAUGACGGCCUCACAUAUGCCGAGAUGGACAAGGUUACAAAGAACCGAAUUUCUCAUCGAGGAAAGGCGUUGGCGAAGCUGAAAGCCUGGCUCGCUGGCGGUGAACUGGGAUCUUGA